AGCUAGCCGUCGAGACAAGGAUGCGGCGAGUAAGCGCCAUGAACCCCUGAAGGAAGGAUAAGGCGAGAGUGAGUCGCACGUGUCUGUGUUCAGCCGGAUGCGAGUGCCGAUCACGGGACGGUUGCAUGCCCGACACAGAAAAGUUCAACCGGAAAGGCCGAGUUCCCGGAUCGAGCAGCCCAUCCAGCAUCCGAUCCUAAGAGUGCCGCAGAGGACGCCCGGCGCGGUGGAUGGGGGCGCAGGCAGGUCGGGUGAUAAGCGCCUCGAUUGUCUCUUGCAAAGGCUUGACGCCUUAGAAAAAAGAAGCGGGCCGGGGCAUGUGGCCGAACCUAUGUUCAGACUCCGUUCUUCCUUCUCGGAGAGGAUUCUGAGGGCACCUUUUCCGAACAGCUUCCAGAUGCCACCGAUACUGAGGUAUGACGGAACUGCCGACCCGCAGGAGCAUUUCAACCGAUACCAAACCCUCAUGAACGUGGUGACGUUCUCUGAGGAGAUCGAUUCUUGGGAAGAUUUGGCGCGGAGGUUCCUAGUGCACUUCGCCAGCAACAGGAAGAAGAAGCUGCAUUUCUCGCAUCUCCUGUCGGUCAGGCAGAGGCAGGACGAGCCGUUGAGGGAAUUCCUGGCGAGGUGGAAGCUGGAAACCACCAGAGUUUACGGGGCAGAUGACAAAACCAGGUUGUCCACCUUUCAUCUGGUCCUACGAUCAGGUGACUUCUCCAAGCGCUUGGCCUUGGAGAAGCCAAGGGAGUAUGCCAUCGCGUUGGCCAUGGCAGAGGAUGAGGCCGAAGUAGAAGAGUUUCACAGAGCAGCUGGCCAUGACACGGACACUUGUAAGGUCCUCAAGAGGGAGAUCGAGAACUUGAUCCAGGCCGGGUACCUGAGGCAGUUCGUCAAAAAGAAGAACACCUGGCGCAAGGACGAUGGAAAGAAAAUCGGGGAUAACCGAGGGAAGAAACCAGCGGGGACCCAGCUGAAGAAGAGGAAGGAGAUAGGCCUUCCGAGUGAUGAGGAAGAAGAAAAUAACCCUAGACAGAAGAGGGUUGAAGAGAGCCGAAUGAUCUACGGCGGUAAAACUGCCUUAUUUCCUUUUUUGUAACGCCCAAAAAAACCUCAUAUUCUUUCUUGGAAAACUUUGAGUGGCUCAAAAUCAAUAUAAUCUUUCCUAUGUGCAUCACUUUUAACCACACAUUUUUACACUCGAAGUGUAUACUCCGUAUAAAAAUCACGAACUUUCUCACAUAAAUUAAAUAGUAGUCGUAAAUUACCCCUUGGUUCCCAUAAAUUGGAAACCAAUAU